UCCAGAUUUACACGACAACAACACAUGAAAGUUGUUGCACAGUAUAUAAAGUGCAUUUAUACUUAGUUUUAUUGCUUGUUAUGCAAUAUUGCUUCGAAAAAGAAUGUGAAAGACAGCAAAAACUACAGAUGGUGACUUGAGUCAACUGUCUCUGAUCCAUAUCCUCUACCCUACCUCAAAGACAGGAGAUUUAGCUACUGACAGGCGGAAAUGAACAAGAUUAAAGAAAUCAGAAUGAAAGCUAUUGACGUAAAUAAAGUAAAUCAUUACGCUGAGGUGGUCAGUGGGGGUGGUGCGGCCUUUAUCAACAUCACUGUGACUUUCCCAAUUAAUAAGGCCAUGUUUCGACAGCAACUCUAUGGUAUAUCUUCCUUCAGGGCCAUUGAACAGUUACGAAAAGAAGGUUUUAGAAAUUUGUAUCGAGGGCUGAUGCCACCUUUGAUGCAAAAAACAACAUCAUUGGCUGUCAUGUUUGGAAGUUUUUAUCGAUUUCAGAGAUUAAUAGAUGAGCAUUUUUCCCUCGAGUCGAAAUACGCCACAAUUUCUAUAGCUGCAAUGGGUGCAGGAACAUUAGAGGGAAUUUUUACUCCUUUCGAAAGGGUACAAGUUCUGAUGCAAGACAAAAAAUACCAUAAAGAUUUCAAAAACACCAUCCAUGCCUUUAAAGAAUUACGAACAUUUGGCAUCCACGAAUAUUAUCGAGGAUUUCUGCCCAUUUUGCUACGGAACGGACCUAGUAAUGUCUUAUUUUUCGUUGGUCGAGAUUAUUUCCAAGAGAAUUUUUCUUACAAAGGUGAUGACGCAUCCGUCAAGAUUAUUAAAGACUUUGUAGGUGGAGCAGUGUUGGGUGCGCUUAUAAGCACUGCAUUUUAUCCAAUGAAUGUUGUGAAAACUCGAAUGCAAUCAAAAGUAGGUGGUGAUUUUUGUUCCUUUCAUGAGACUUUCAGGAUUAUAUUAAAAGAACGGGACUAUAGCGUACGGAAAUUAUUCCGCGGCUUCCACUUAAACUACAUUCGAUCUUUUGUGUCCUGGGGUGUUAUCAAUGCCUCGUUUGAACUUUUGAUGACGAAAGUCUUUAAUAAAUCAACGCGUGUGUGACAGAACUUGAAGUGUUGUGAAUUUUUAGAAAUUAUUGAAUUAACCCAAAAAUACAUAAAUGUGUGAUUGAAGAUACAGUAUGGGAGAGUAGAUAAAGAGCUGGCAGUUCUCACUGUAAUAGUUGUAGGUAGAUAAUGUAAAGGGAAUUUGCUGAAAAUUUCAGUCAUAUUGAUCCAAUCAGAACCGAGAAUUUAGCAAUUGAAUUUUGGGCCUAGCCUCGAUCAUCAUUACUAAAGUUGGUACGAUAAAAUACAUAGUCUUGGUUAUACAUUUCUUGAUUAAUCAUGAAUGAGUGUAGAGCAGCAGAUCAGAUCCUAAUUUAGUAAAUAUCGCAGGCUAGCGAUGACAUCAAGAGUUGAUUAUGAUCUGGAUAAGUUAAUUAAUGUCUAAUUAAUAAUUUAGAUAACAUUUCAGGCCUAAAGAAAGACCUGCAAUAGGAUGAUUUAGCUCUUGCAUAAUGUAUGUUUAAUGAGAUAUUAAAAAUGUAUACCGGUACAGUUGUUACUUUGUUAGGGAAAGUCCGCUUUUUAUACUACGAUAGGGGUUUUCAGGUUUUUUUAUGAAUGUAUCAUAAUAGUCAUAUGCAGUAUUUUUAGGCUAGAAAUCCCCAGCUUGUGUAAUAAAUUAGGUUAGGGUAUCAAAUGAAGUGACAAAAAUUUUCAAUCCAAUCUCAAAUGGUUCUACAAUGGACACUAAAUUUCCAAUUUUACAAUGUUUUAAACAACUUAGAAUUUUAUCAAAUCGCUUAAAAUCAAAAAAUAGUGAAUUCAUUUCAGUUCAUUUUGAAUACUCGGUAUUUGCUUUUGUGGUGAUGUGAUAUUUUAUAGAAAUGACAAUUCCUAUAGAAACAAUAUAAAUUCAGUUCUUGCCAAUCAAUGAUUGCUGUUUAUAUCUGUAAGAAGAUUGUUCUUUUAGUCAUUAGGUAAUGAAAAUGGUAAUUAAUUAUUUUCAAUGUAAUAGGUAAUGGUGAUUAUUGCUAAAUUAAAUGAGAUUAUAUUUAAAAAGAUUGUUCUUUUAAGCAUUAAGUAAUGAAUAAUGGUAAUUAAUUAUUUUCAAUGUAAUAGGUAAUGGUGAUUAUUGCUAAAAAAAAUGAGAUUACAUUUAAAAAGUAAUGGUAGUGUAAUUAAUUACAUUUGUAUUUUGUAAUGUAAUGACUCUUGAAUCCGAACAUAUGUUAUAAGAGCACCUGACCAGUGAUUUUGUCAUUGAUGUUUUUUAAAGCGAGAAUAGCUAUGUUCAAAUGUUUGAAUUUGAAGCUGAAAACAUAUUUUUGCCAAUUUCUCAGCUGGCAAUAGUGAAUUAUAGGAUUAAUAGGAUUAUUCUUUAACAAGGUAGAACUGUUUAUGGAUACCAUCUAUUUUAAGGCUUUAUUUUAAUAAAUUUUAAAAAUAUAACUUAAAAAUAUGAAAUUGUAGCUUUAAGAUAAUUAAUUACAUACAGGUAUUGUUUUCAUUUUGUUACUGGUAUUUUUAAAAAGAGAUAUUAGUUAUUUAAAUACUUAUUGAUUUUGUUACUGAUAUUUUUAGAAUAGUUGUAAUUUAUAAUGGAUGAAUUAUAAUUGUUGUUGUAUAAAAAUAAUGUAGAUGUAUGUGGUUGAUGAUAAUACAAUGUACAUGUAGUAGUAUUAUAAUUCUAUAUCGGUCAACGAAAUGAUUACAACUCACAGAACUCAUAGUUACUGUCUUUUCAGAAUCCCUGAUACACACAAUAACAAGUCUUCAAAUGACAAGAACUCGUUAUCCUAGGUUAAAAAUAAAAUUGAUAAUAACCCAAUUAGCCAAAAUUAUCAUAUUACAGGAAAUAUCACAGUUUGUGAGCUUAGCUUAAACCCAGUUUAACAAGUGCUUUUUUUAUUUCCUUUAACGUCAAUCUGGAAAUUGGGCAAAAUUAAUUUUUUGUUUUAUUUCAAUAAGGGACAAAAAGUCCAGUUACAGUGCAAACGUUGUUUUUUUGUUGUUUUCUUUAACUUAUGUUUAUGUUUUUUCAGUCAGGGUUGCAUAUUUUAAUAUUAAUUUCUAUUUUUCUUGAAUUUGUGAAUUAAACUACUGAGUACCCGAUAGUUUUUAAAAACAUUAUAUUACAGAAUUUAAGUUUUAUUCCUUUGUUAUUAAUUACAUCAUUAAUUGGAAUUUUUGUUUAUCAGAAUUCAUGAUAUGUUUUUAAUGAAUUGGAAAAACGAUAUGUUUUUAAUGAAUUGGAAAUAUGAAAUAUUUAUGAAUUUCAUUUGUAAUUUAUGUAGAUGUGGCAUAAAUGAAAGAUGUAUUCCUUCACUGAUCAUCAAGUCAAUACCAUCAUUGGAUUCCUUUAACUUAUCUUUAUCUGAUAAUAUGU